GGUGUUUCGGGACAUCCGCUGGCCAUGGAGGUGCAAUCGUACUACACCAAACUGCUGGGGGAGCUGAACGAGCAGCGCAAGCGGGAUUUCUUCUGCGACUGCAGCAUCAUCGUGGAGGGCAGGAUCUUCAAAGCCCACAAGAACAUCCUGUUCGCCAACAGCGGCUACUUCCGAGCGCUGCUCAUCCACUACAUCCAGGACAGCGGCCGCCACAGCACAGCCUCGCUCGACAUCGUCACCUCCGAGGCUUUCUCCAUCAUCCUGGAUUUCCUCUACUCCGGGAAGCUGGAUCUGUGCGGGGAGAACGUGAUCGAGGUGAUGUCCGCCGCCAGCUACCUGCAGAUGACAGAUGUGGUCAACUUCUGCAAAACCUACAUCAGAUCCUCCUUGGACAUCUGCAGGAAAAUCGAGAGGGAAGCAGCUUUUUACCAGGCUGACAGCGGGAGCUCAGCCAGGGAAGGCACAUCCUUGGGGUCGGCCUCCGUGUCCUCCCUGCAGGAGAAGAAGAGGAUUCCAGAAUGCCAGCGGGAUCCUCCUUGUGGGGACUGCAACAGCUGCCACCCCUUGGAGCUGGUGGCCCGGGACCCGCUGAGCAGUAACUCCCCCGAUGGCUCCUCGCUGCCUAAAGGGGUGGAACCCAAGGUGGAGUUUGACCCUGAUGAGGUGGAGGUGGAGCGGCUGCCGCAGUUCCCCGCCCCGCUGUCCCUGGAGCAGAUGGAAGAGGGGCAGCCCGUGGAGCUGGCCUGCAAUAAUUACCACAUGAAGCAGUUCCUGGAGGCUCUGCUGCGCAACAGCUCGGCCCCGAGGAAGGAGGACGUGGUGCAUCACUUUGUCCGGGGAUUUGAGGGUAGGGCUGAGGAUGCAGGAGUAGCCAUGAGCUCCAUGAUGGACAUUCACAGCGACUGGUAUGGUGAGGACACAGGCGACGUGCUGGUGGUACCCAUCAAGCUGCACAAGUGCCCGUUCUGCCCCUACACGGCCAAGCAGAAGGGGAUCCUCAAGCGCCACAUCCGCUCGCACACCGGGGAGCGGCCGUACCCCUGCGAGACCUGCGGCAAGCGCUUCACCCGCCAGGAGCACCUGCGCAGCCACGCCCUCAGCGUCCAUCGUUCCAACAAGCCCAUCAUCUGCAAGGGCUGCAGGAGAACCUUCACCAACAGCCUCUCCCAGGGGCUGCGGCGCUUCGGGCUCUGUGACAGCUGCACCUGUGUCACCACCACCCACGAGGACUCCAUGCCCAUCAACCUCAGCCUCAUGGAAACAGCCUCAGAAGGGCAGGAAAAGGGGGAUGCUGACAAUGAUUGGCCCAUCUACGUGGAGUCUGGAGAAGAAAAUGACCCAGCUGAGGAUGAUGAUGGUGAUGACAAGCAGGAAAUCCACCGGGGUUUGUCAGACAGAGAGACUUUGAUGUAGCAGUGAGAGGAGAGGGGGAGCACUGAGAGGUUCCCUGGAAGAAAACUGCACAUUUGCUCCAUCAGUGACACUGUGCUGGUUUUUAUUAUUCUGUUUUUUUUUUUUUUAAUUAAAUUGUGGGGAGAAAUGGAAUUUUUAAUAGUUUUUAAGUUUGCAGUGCUGUGCACCAGAAAUCUGGGAAGAAUUUUCUGGCUGGGGCUCCCAGAGGUUGGACUUGAGCAGUUUCUCUUCCUCCUGGUUUUGGUUUUGCAGGUGGAACACCCCUGGGUUGUUUUGGGGACAGGUUUCUUCAAAUAAUGAGUCGUGGUCCUUAAUCCCUGAUCUGAAAGGGGCACCACCUUUUCUCUGAAGAUGACAUGAAAUGUGGUUUACAUUUCUUACCUUGGGACUUUUCUGUCUUAGGACAAGGUUGUCUAAAUCUAAACCAUAAAUGUUUGAUGAAACUGGAUCUGACCUGGAAACCAGGGCAGAAAAACCAGGAUAACAGAAAAAAAAAAGAAAAAUGCUGCUGCUGAAAGGAUAGACAGGAAGUAUAAAUCUAUUUCACAUAAUUAAUUGCAGGAAUUUAGAGACCAAACUUCUCUUUCUGAAUUUUUACUGCAUCUUCCUCUUCUUAGAGCUGUAGAUCUUCAGCUGUGUUUUAAUGUCAUUCAGAUAUCUGUAGUCUUGGCUUAAAUAUCAAGGACAAAUAUUGGUGUUUUAGUGGCCAGGACUGAGAAAAAAGCCCAAAUUCUUUUCAGCUUUUUACAACAGGAGUUAAAAAGCUGUCAAGCAGGUUCCUUGGGAAUUUUGAAUGUGGCAGAUUGAAUAACCAGAUCCACACCUGCUGUA